UGCUGUUAACUUUUUCUGUGAGAAGUUUUGGCCUCCCUCUCAUUAUUGCAUCCCUUCAGAAUCUGAUGUACACCUGUGCGAUGACGUCACGUAUGCUGAGUUUGGCUGUUGGACUUCUCCUUUUUCAGAGAAAGGCAUUCAGUUGCCAUGGAAAUUGUUCCUGCAACAACUCGACGAUGUAUUGUACUAAUAUAACCUUGGCGACAGCUCCAGCAAACCCUUUGUCAGAUGUUAAUAAUGAGCAGCGACAAACUCAUUAUGUAUUGACACGAAAAAACAUUUCUUUUCUAAACAUUAGUAUUGCUUCGUCGUCAUCUUUGUCUCUUUUCGAGGAAAACAACGUUCUACAAAGUUUCAUAUGCAUUCUAAGUAUCUCAGCGAUCCUUGUAAACGUAUUGACAAUGACUGUGAUUUUUUCUAAACCCCAGCUUAAGUCUCUUAGCACUAUAUACUUAGCUGGACACGUCGCCGUCUGUGACCUCUUGAUUGCACUUUAUCUAUUGGUUGCUGUUAUUCAUACUGUAGUCCUCUCCAUUUUAGAUGAUCAAACCAGGCAAUACUCAGAUAAUUGGCAGAAGUUUGUCUGUCCACUGACAAUCUCAGUUCGUUCCAUCGGGCAGCUUGUUGAACCAGUUGUUUUGUUCUUCAUGACGUUAGAUCGCUACAAACGCAUAGUAAACUUUUCCAAGCCUCCUCCACGCUACAGAUCUAUCUCUAUAGCGACAAACCUGAUAUGGUUCGCUGCCAUUGUUGUAGUUUUUGGAAGCCUAUCCGUCCUGUUUGGAAAACAAAGCUUCUCUGGAGCUUUAUGCUCACGAACAGACACAUCCGCGAAAACUAUCGACUCGUACGUGGAAAGAGUCCUCAUCAUAAGCAGCUCUAUAUUGUUUAUUACAUGUUGUGGCAUGUAUUUUCGGAUCUACAGAGUGGUGAAAAACCAGAAUCAACGAAUGGGAACACAAGCUUAUGUCCGAGUGUCCAACGUAAUAUUUGCCCUGGUGUUGAGCACGUUUGUGUUAUGGUUCGUUCCCGCCAUGGUUGUGGCUUUCAUCGGAAGUCAGGACUCUUCCAUGAAAGAAAUAAGACAACUGAUAAUCGUGUCUUCGUUCACAACAAAUUCGCUGGUUAAUCCUUUUAUUUAUGUAUUCAGAGAAAAGAAAUUCCAACGAGUUGCUUUUUCCUGGUUAAAUCGCACAUGUUCAAAAAGAAGAGGAAUGCCAGCUGGCAAUAAGGUCACCUCCUUCAGAAUUGACUCUGCUAUAAAUGAGAAUAAUGUAACAAACCUUGGGAAUAGCAAUGAGACAGAGCAAUUUUUCACAACUUCACUUUAAGAACAAAACCAAAACUAAUAAAUAGCAAUCAUUUUUCUAGUUUUAUAAGUAAGUUCCGUGCAGAUAGAGAACUAGCUAAGGUUGACGUAGGAGGUCAAAUUGUAAUCUUAAAUUUGUAAACUAUAUACUCCACAUUGAACUUGAGGAUCAAAGGCUUGACAAAAAGUACAAUCUUUCUCUUUUUUUUUCGC